AUGGCAUCGAAGAACAUCCUCGUUAUAGCCGUCCUCGCAAUGCUCCUCGUGGGCCUCGCGGUUGCCGACAAUCAGGAUCGCAAGCGGGACGGCACGGGCAACCAGGACCGCGACAGGAAGCGCGACGGCUCGUGCGCCAAAUCCGGCACGUGCACCGGCAACAAGAACGGCGGUAACCCCGCUGGUCGCGGCGGCAAUGGCGCUGGGAGGGGGAAUCAGGGGAAGAAAGGCACGGGGACUUGCAACAAGAGCGGCAGCGCGAGUUGCGACGGCAGCGGGCGGAAGAACGCAGUGAUGGCGAGCGCGAAUGCUUUGGUGGCUGCUGACGUGGCGGCUGCUGACGUGGACGUUCAGGCGUGUGACGGGGCGAAGCAGGCGGGGAAGCUGAUGAGCGGAUUGAGGAAGUGCGGAUUCAACAAGUUCGCAGCCGCGCUGCAGCAGACAGGUCUGGCGGCGGAGUUCCCGGAGGUGAUGUGCGGGCAGGGGGGCGGGGUGACGCUGCUGGCCAUCCCCGACGCGCCCAUGGGGCAGCUGCCCCCUUCAGUGCGAGGGGACCCGCUGAUGCUGAGGGAGCAGCUGCUGCUGCACGUCGUCAAGGGUGCCCGCCCCUACUCCCGCAUGCAGGCGCGCGGCAAGAACUACAAGGUGAGAAGCAAGCACCACUGGCGUACAUUCAACACCACUUUGCAAGCACCUUUGUUUGUGUGCCGCUCUUUUUCUGACAACAAUCCCUCGCCCUGUUCUCUCCCCCAUUGCCCACCUCUCUCCUUUCCAAACCCACUCUCUCCCCAACCUCUCGCCCCUCUCUCCCAAACCCCACUCUCGCGCCCGCAGUUCGCCUGUGCGGCGGGGGCAGGGUCAGGGCGGCUGGUGAAGGCAAGCCAGGGCAGCGCGGCGCUGGUGCUGCGAGUGGGCAGGGGGUGGGGGCAGGCAGCAGCCGUGACGCGCCCCGAUGCCUUCCGGUGCACGGGGGGGGCGGUGCAGGGAGUGAACUGCGCGCUGGGCAUGGGGCGCAUGGGCAGGCCGGGCAGGCGCGUGCCUCUGGGGCAGUGCCUGCGCAACGGCAGGGAUGAGGAUGAUGACUAG